GUGCUCCGCCCCCCCCCCCCUGGCCGGAAGUGAUUGGUGUAACUCUCACACGUGUGUACAGCGAGUCCCGGUAGUCGGUGUGGUGAUGGGGAAAACGGGGAAGUUGCGCCCCGGUGUGGCCGGGAAGGUGAAGCGAUGGAAGAAGGGGCACAGCAGUGAAUGCAACCCCGAGGAGCGGAGACACCGGGAGGCCGCACGUAGCCGGUUCUUCAGCCGGCCCUCCGGGAAGAGCGAUCUGACGGUAGACGCUGUAAAGCUGCACAAUGACCUGCAGUCGGGUUCCCUGUCCAUACAGAAGAGGCCGGAGGAGGAGGAAAUGGCCAUCACAGAAAGAUCCGGAGCCACCUUCCUCAGCGGCCUCUCCGACUGCACCAACCUCACCUUCAACAAAGUCCAGAGAUUCUGGGAGUCCAACUCGGCCGCUCACAAGGAGAUCUGUGCGGUUCUGGCUGCAGUAACAGAAGUGAUCCGCUCUCAGGGAGGGAAGGAGACGGAAACGGAAUACUUUGCUGCUCUGAUGACCACUCUGGAAGCGGUGGAGUCUGCGGAGUCGCUGUCGGCCGUUGCCUACCUGCUGAACCUGGUUCUGAAAAGGGUCCCGGGUCCCGUGCUGAUUAAGAAAUUCUCGGACACGUCGAAGGCCUUCAUGGAUAUUAUGUCUUUACAGGCCACCAGCGGCAGCACCUCCGCUCUUAGAUGGAUCGUUUCAUGUUUGUCGGUGUUGCUUCGGAAACAGGACCUGUCGGCAUGGAGUUAUCCCUCCACUCUGCAGGUGUACCAUGGCUUGCUGAGCUUCACUGUCCAUGCAAAGCCAAAAGUGCGGAAGGCCGCUCAGCUUGGCGUGUGCUCCAUCCUGAAGGGCAGCGAGUUCAUGUUUACAGACUCCGCCCCCGCUCACCAUCCUGCUGCCCAGUCCACCGCUAAGUUCUGUGUACAGGAGAUCGAAAAGUCGGGAGGCAGUAAAGAAGCCACCACAACGCUGCACAUGCUGACCCUGCUGAAGGAUCUGCUGCCGUGUUUCCCUGUCAGUGUGGUCAAGUCUUGCUGUGAGACGUUACUGAAGGUCAUGACCUUGAACCAUGUGAUGAUCACGGCUUGUGCCAUGCAGGCGUUCCAUGCCCUCUUCAGCGCUCACCCUAACGCCAACGCCCUGUCCGCCGAGCUCAAUGCCCAGAUCAUCACGGCCCUGUAUGACUAUCUGCCCAAUGAGAACGACCUGCAGCCUUUACUGGCCUGGCUCGCGGUGAUGGAGAAAGCUCACAUCAACUUAUCACGGUUGCAGAGUGACCUGAGUUUGGGUCAUCUCCCUCGCCUCUCCUCCACCUCUAUGAACUGCCUCUUGUCUCCUCACCUGCAGGUUGUGUCGGCAGCUACCGGAACCCUGAAGUCGGUUCUUACAGAGUGCGUCGGCCCUCAUGUAAAAGACAUUGGAAGUGUCUCCUCUGCACCAGUAUCAGGACCGGCUGGACAUCUCUAUAAAAUGUUCACAUUUGUAGAAGACGGAUUAUCCUACAAAUUCCACUCCUCCUGGUCCUUUGUCCUGCAAGUUCUGCAGACCUUCUUUGAGGUUGCCGGGAAGUCCUGUCACCCGUUCAUGAAGAAGUGUCUACAGACCCUGGCUGACCUCCGGGUCUCUCCUCACUUCCCCCACACUGGAGACCUGGACCGAACCGUGGGGGCGGCCGUGGAGGGUAUGGGACCAGAGGUGGUCCUGAAGGCCAUCCCUCUACAGAUCACCGGCACAGAGGAGACGUUCGACUUUCCCCGCAGCUGGAUGGUGCCUGUGAUCCGCGAUCAUGUGAAGAACACAGAGCUGGGAUUCUUCACCAGAUACUUCCUACCGCUGGCUGCUACUGUGAAGAAGAGAGCUGGUGAACUGGCACAAGCAGGAAGAAACCUCGAGGCCAAAAUCUAUGAGACCCUCCAGUGGCAGAUCUGGACGAUGUUACCUGGAUUCUGCACCAAGCCCACAGACGUGGUCGUUUCCUUCAAAGGAAUUGCUCGCACUUUGGGAAUGGCAAUCGGUGAUCGGCCGGACCUUCGACUUACGGUGUGCCAGGCUCUGCGUACGCUCAUCACUAAGGGAUGCGAAUCAGAGUCGGAUAAAACUGAAGUCAGCAGGUUUGCCAAGAACUUUCUCCCUAUAUUGUUCAAUGUGUACAGCCAAGCGCCUGUACCAGGAGAGGGCGCCACUCACAAGCUUCCAGUGCUGGAUACAGUGCGAGUUUAUCUAACCAUCACAGACCAACAGAUGGUCAGCGGCUUCCUGGAUAAGGCGGGUGUGAAGCUGACCGAGCCGGACAGUGCCGAGUCCGUGAGACUUUCUGUGUUGGAUCUCAUUGUAGCCAUGGCUCCCUACGCUGAUGAAGCCUCCAUGACCAAGGUCUACCAGACUAUUCUCCCCUAUCUGGAGGAUAAAAAUCACAGUUUGCAGAAAAAGGCGUACCGGGUGCUGGAGGAGAUCUGCGGAGGGGAGAGGCCUUCAUGCGGAGAAUUUGUUACUAAGAACUUGGAGGAGCUGAAGAAAACUCUGCUGGGUUCCCUGAAAAGUGUUUCCUCUCCGGCCAAACGGCCUCGUUUGAAGUGUCUCACCCAUAUUGUCAAGCUCCUUACCGCCGACCAUGAAGACUUCAUAACGUCUAUUAUUCCAGAGGUGAUGAUUUGCACUAAAGAAGUGUCGGUGGGAGCGAGGAAGAUCGCGUAUACGCUGUUGGCGGAUAUAGGACACGCCUACCUGCGCUUAAUUCAAGACUCAAAAGACGCCAUGGAGCGCUACCUAAGUAUUGUCUAUGCCGGGCUCACCGGUUCUGUCACCAUGAUCAGCUGUUCAGUCCUCACCCUGACCCGACUCCUGUUUGAAUUUAAAGACCACAUGGGAUUGGAGGUGAUCGAGCAGCUGCUGGAGAACGUGUGUCUCUUGUUGAGUUCCAGAACGAGGGAGAUUGUGAAGGCCGCUCUGGGUUUUAUUAAAGUCGUCAUCUUUAUGAUGGAUCUGAAUAUUCUCUCCAAACAUCUACAGAAAAUGAUGGAAGCGAUCGGAACCCUAAACGAGGACAUGAGGCGCCACUUCCGUAUGAAGCUGAGAAACAUCUUCACCAAAUUUAUCCGGAAAUUCGGAUUUGAUCUGGUGAAGAGCAUGUUACCGGAGGAAUACCACAAGGUUCUGGUCAAUAUCCGCAAAGCAGAGGCUAAAAACAAGAAGCAAAAGGCCCUGAAAGAAGCCGCUUCCAAUGCAGACGAAGGUGAUGAUGAGGAUAAGGGGCACAAGGGAAACAGCAUUGAGGAUAUUUUAGCAGACACAGACGAGGAGGAAGAGGAGGAUGUGAAGAAGACGAAGCAGCAGAGUAAACAGCAGAAGAAGCAGACGCGGCAGAUGAGCCGAGCCUGGCUGAAGGAAGGGGAGGGAGAUGAACCCCUGAACUUCCUCGAUGCCAACGCCGCACAGAGAGUAUUAGCCACAAAACCGGGAGCGAGGAGCACAAAGCAGAGCCAUGACUUCAAAGUCACGACGGACGGGCGGCUCAUCAUCAAGGACGAGGAAGCGGAGGAAGAGAAGUCACAAGGUGUGGAUGAGGAGAUGGCGGAUCUCAUGAAAGAAGUCGGACUUCGCACUAACAAGGCACAGAAGAAACGUUCCUGGGAGGACAAUGACGACGACGAGGCCGUAGAGAAGACGUCACAAUAUAAAGCUGGCGGCUCAGGAAUACACCGACCUCUUCACAAAAAGCCAAACUUUGGAGACACGUACAAAUCAAAGAAAGGAAAAGGUGAUAUGAAGCAGAAGGGGAAGCACGACCCGUACGCCUACAUCCCCCUCAACAAAGCCAAGCUCAACCGCAGGAAAAAGGCGAAGAUGCAAGGCCAGUUUAAAGGACUGGUGAAAGCGGCACAGAGAGGAGCGCAGAGUGGAAGGAAGAAGAGGAAAGAAAGAAGAGUUUGAACCCUUUUUGUUUGUUUUGCACAUUAUUUUCUGCCUUUUUCUAUAUCAAUCUCCCCUCCUGUAAAGGAAUCCCGGCCUAUCCUGCGGGACCUCAUCUCACCUGUAUGAUUAAUGAUACAGAAUUAUCAGUGGGGGGAGGCCACCGAUACCAGGGGGGGAAGAGAGGAGCCUCAUUCUUUUCUUCCGAAGAGCCAACAAUUUAAAGAGAUCACAUUGAGACUUCCCAAUAAAAAAAAAGGACAUUUGCAUCGUAAUGACGUUUGUGUGGCCCCCUCCCCCCCCCCCCACAUCGGACAUCUCCAUUGGUUCUACCUUGGGCUUGACCUGUGAACAGUACCGUUGGAGAGCCAAUGGUUUUGGUUUUAUGCUUUUCAGAGAGGGGGAACCCUACCAUCUCUUCAGGAGGACAUGACCUGCCUCUCGGAUCUCUGGUGGGAAAGACGGAGAUGUUCUCUGACUUGCACACGAUAAGGAUGUUGAAUUCUUCUAUUUAUGAAGAUAGUUUGGAUUUUUUUGGUUUAUUAAACGUUAACAUGUUGCUAAGAAAA